AUGUGUGUGGAUUUCUCUCCUGAAAUCAUUAAUAGGUUUCUGGGCAGAAAUGAAGAAGAACAAGCUAAAGUGAAAGUUUCUGACAAUGUCAUUUGCAGAGAGAUUACUGCUAAACAAGUGAAGGAAUGGCCAAGGAAAGGGAAGUUGUCAGCAAGUUACUUGAGUGUGAAGUAUGCAGUACUUCACAGGAUUGGAGCUGCCAAUUGGGUGCCAACUAAUCACACUCCCAAUAUUUCUACUGGAUUGGGUAAGUUCAUUUAUAUUAUAAGGAAUAAGACAGAAUUUGACAUGGGAUCCUAUGUCUUUGAUCGAACAAUGAAGCAUGUUGCCUCAUUUGCUGUGAAUAUGCCAAUAGCCUUUCCCUCAUUAAUUUAUGGUGUUAUACUGAGUCAACACCCAAGUAUUUUGAUCAGUUCUUAUAGUGGUUGCAAAAGAUAUCCCCCUCUGUCAUUACAUUAUAGGCUUUUUACUGGGAAACAUGUUCCAGAUAUUGUCAUGACAUAUGGGCAAAAACCUUCCAGGUCUACUACUAGAGCAGGAAUCCUUGCUGACCUAAAAGAUAUAUGCAAGACCUUGGAUGAAACCAUCAAAAUUUGUACUGAGAGUAAGAGCGACCUUGAGAUCCUAAUCAAGGCCUUAUAUAAAGAAGAUGGAAAUUUGAAAGGUGAUGAAUUAGGUGAAGAAUAG